UUUUCUGGGUAUUAUGACUCCUACCGUGGUCCUCACCAGUAGGCUGUAGUCUGCCAUUAAACCUCAGAAGAACACGGAGAUAUGCGACGUAUGACUCGUCAUGCGUGUGAGGACGGCCCAGUCUUGGAGGAACAGGAGACAGAGGGACAGAGACAGCUCCACAGUCUCCUCCUACAGCAGUUAGACACAGACGUCAACAUAGACAGAUGUGUUGCAAAGAGGAAGUGUUUUGCCCCUUCUGCGCUGUACAAGCCAUUUGGGGAGCAGGCUGCCGGGGUGAGGAGUCUAUCCCAGUUCCAGGCUCUACAGGACGGGGAGAGUGAGCUGGCCAGUCUCAGGGAGCUGGGGCUCACAGACCUGGAGGUAGAACUGUGGCUCAACAGAGACCAGCCAGAGAACACUGAGAAGGGUCAUGGGGUGUGUGUGGCCCCCGGGGUGCGGCAGCAGCGUCUUCUGGUGAUCCAGGACAAGAUGGAUGCCAGGUCAGAGCUCAUUUCCCGCCCACAGCGCUUCUCUGCCAGCCUACCCCUGUCCCGCAGAGAGAUGGAGAUAGAGAAGGCCCUGUUCCAGGGCAAUGACCGCCUGGGCUUCCUCACUGCACUCUAUCAUCAAGAGGAAGAUACCCAAGCUGACCAGCAGGGGGCAUCUUCCUCAAACCCCCUGGACUCCCUGUACAGAGAUGUCCUAAGUGAUAGACGAAAACGCACGUCUGUGUCUGUAUCAGAGGACUCUGAGCUGAAAACCACAGGACACUCAUCUCUACCUCAGCCUGAACCACAAACUGACUUUGAGAAAUCACAGAGCUCAUGGAAAAGCACUGACCAAUCACAAGUCCAGCUUGACUGUAGAUCUGAUCCAUUGAGAAGUGGGAUCAUGGACUCUGACCAAUCAACUACAAUGGGCACUUCUGGCCAAUCACAAGAUCAGGACAGAUCUGUACACAAGAAAUUGUCAGCUCCAAAGAAGAUAAAUGUGAGCCAGCCAAUUGGGAGUCUGUGUAGUGUGGCAAAGGCUGGGCCUGGGGGUCCGGUGAUGGUGCGGGGCGAGGUAGAGGAGGUUCCAGAGGAAGAGAUUCAGCAGAACCGGGAAACGGAGGAAGGGAUCCGGAGCAUACCACGGUUCCACAACUACCAGCCAGGGAAACCAUCAAAGGUGCUGUGUGUGAAGAACCUGAGUGCCCGUGCCUCUGUGGCCCAGCUGGUGGCGCUAUUCUCCAGGUUUGAUUGUGACAUCACCCAGCCUGUUGUCUACCGCCUACUCACUGGCAGACUGAAGGGACACGCCUUCAUCACACUAUCAGACACCGAAACGUCCCAGAGAGCCUUGGAGAUGGUGAACGGGUACCGGUUGCUAGGGAAACCUUUGGUGAUCGAGUUUGGCCUAGAGCGGAGGGAUGAGAAGAAACCAAAAACGGAACGGGAAGAGGAGAAAACGAGAGAAUGUAGUGUACCAUCUCUACCUAACCCCAGUACUACAGACACUAAAUACUACGACAGGACUUCAACACACAAAUAAGAGAGAGAAACAGACCGACCACAUACAUAUGUGGUCAAAGGAGGAGAGUGACUCUUCAAUGACUGAGGUUUGACAUUUCUGCUCCUUGUACCAUUUGUUGUGUGAAGGUCGAUAAACGUGGAUUAAUUUGUAUUUUUGUCCUGGAUGUUAAGUGUUUUUUUUGUAUGAUCAUAGGCUGUGUUUGGAAUGUGAAGUAUUAAAAAUCUGUUCUCUGUUGCAUUUCAUUCUAAUGGGGGGAUUCCUCCGGGGGUCCAGUGGUGAAAAACGGUCAUAGUUGAGUAAAAGUUUAAUGUACGUUAAUAAAAAAUGACUCAAGUGAAAGUCACCAAGUAAAAUACUACUUGACUAUAAGUAAGCAAACCAAAGAAAACAUAUAAUUGUUUUUAUAGGCAGGCAGGGGCUCCAACACCAUUUACAAACGCAGUAUUUGUGGUUUGUAGGCCUCAUUGCUCGCACGACCCCAUGUCGUAAGGAUCUGUACACAAUUCUUGGAAGCUGAAAAUGUCCCAGUUCUUCCAUGGCCUGCAUACUCACCAGACAUGUCACCCAUUGAGCAUGUUUGGGAUGCUCUGGAUUGACGUGUACGACAGCGUGUUCCAGUUCCCGCCAAUAUCCAGCAACUUCACACAGACAUUGUCCGGAAGUGGGACAACAUUACACAGGCCACAAUCAACAGCCUGAUCAACUCUAUGUGAAGGAGAUGUGUCGCGCUGAAUGAGACAAAUGGUGGUCACAACAGAUACUGACAGGUUUUCUGAUCCACUCCCCUACCUUGUUUUUUAAGGUAUCUGUGACUAACAGAUGCAUAUCUUUAUUCCCAGUCAUGUGAAAUCCAUAGAUUAGAGCCUGACGAAUCUAUUUCAAUUGACUGAUUUCCUUAUAUGAAUUGUAACUCAGUAAAAUAUUUGAAAUUGUUGCAUGUUUGGUUUAUAUUUUUGUCCAGUAUAAUAGUUAUGUGGGCAGAGUCUAUUCGUGUCAUUGCAGGUGGUUGAGUAACUGGGGGAUACAUAGGUAGUGUUUUGUUUUACACCACAGUAAUGUAGGGCCCAGUUGUGUUAUUAGCCAAAGCAUCACAUGAUGUUGUUAUUGUGCUAUGUAAGCAUGUUGCUUAAUUAAGAAAAGGGGUUAUGUGAUGCCCUAGUGUAAUUGUGUUGAAGGACACAAGGGGGAGGACAGGAAAGGGUUGUAGAAGAAUGUAUACUUUGUGAACAUGAAUAAAUGCCUAUGCUCAUUAGUAACUAAAAGUCAUGCUAGUUAUAUUGCAAUUCCAUAGAUGGCUAGAAUAGAAUAAAUACUGUAUGUUCUAGCUAUCAAUCAUUAGCUAAAAUAGAUUCUCAAUCUGAACGAUUUCUUGCGUUUGUUUUGACACACAUUUCAUUCACAAUUUGCAAUAACCUGGCUACACAUUUUAUGUACAAAUGUGAUUAAAUGUAAUCAAAUAUACAAUAUUUAAAUGGUUAAAUAUCAUAAAUACCAAAUACUUAUUUUCCACCAUAAUUUGCAAAUAAAUUCAUUAAAAAAUC